AUGGACAAGAUAGAAUUCGACAUAUGGAAACAGGACAUGUCCUGGUUCGACAAGUACUUUAAGGGUAUUUGUUGGAAGCGUAACACUCCCCAGCGCGUCCUCCGCGGUAUAUCCCUCGAACGUGGCGUCAUCCAGCAUCUCCUUAUGCCUUCUGCGCACGAGAAGGACAGCAACCCCUGGCCCGAAACACAAGUCGUCGGCAUAGAAAUCUCUCCCGAGUCCAACCACGAUCACAAUUCCGCUAUCGGUAUUCUCUACGACAGCGCCGACAAAGUCUUCCAGGCUCAACCCACACGUCUGUUCCUUCACGGCUUCUAUCUACGCGGACAUGAGCUGGAGCUUUGGAUCUUCGAUCGCGUGCGCCUUUACCGUUCAGGAAUCGUGCACAACGUUCCAUUUGAACAGUUCGAAAACGACUAUAUGAAAAUGAACGACGCGCAACUUGGUCUCAACCCAAUGAUCUUCUACACUAGCAACAAGUCCCAAUAUGUUGUUAUCAAGGGUGGUGAGGUGGAAACCUGCGACGACAAGAUUGAAGCGAACUCGUCAUACAAACUUUGGCUGGACAAAGAACCCAUCACACGCCCUCAGGUUAUUGUCAGUGAUGGACCCACUGUCUACAGAGCAACAGAUGAUAAAGGCGAAGAGAUCAUUGUGAAAUUCUCUCUGCGCGACGAGUCGAGUCGAAAGGAGGAGAGGUUCAUGAAGCGAGUUACCGAACUUAACAUUUGGGGCGUCAACCAGCUCAUCGCCCAACGACGCCUAGAAACGAACAAGUACCUGACAGCAUGCGUUGUCAUCUCUCCAGUCGGUCGUCCUGUCACCGACUACCGAAGUGUUUUCGAGUUGAUUACCUGCCUUCGAGAUGCCGUCAAAGCUCACCGGACCCUGUACUUUGACGCCGAAAUCAUUCAUAGGGAUAUUUGCCCUGGAAACUUCAUGAUUAACAAGUCGCCUGGAGCCAAAAAAGGCCAACCUUGUGGGUUUCUCAUCGACCUCGACAGUGGCAGGGAUCUACGGGUCCCGUUGGAAGGCCCCGUCACCGAUGUAAUUGGAACAAAGGCUUUUAUGGCUAUUGAUGUUGCCCGCCACGAAGACGAUUUCAUCGCCCACACCUACCGACAUGAUCUGGAAUCGUUCUUCUACUGCUUCAUGUGGCUCGCUAUCGCUGAACAUGGAGACAUUUCCCCCAAUAGCCGAAUCUUCCCGUGGAACAAGGAUAACAGUGGCAACCUCAGAAGCGCCAACCAAAAGAUCCAGGACAUUUCUGACAAGGAGAGAUUCUCAGCCAUUGUUUCAGAGUUUGCACCGGUGUUCAAGGGUACUGAAGAGUUGGCGUAUGCGUUGCGCAAGGCUUUAUUCUUCCCUGACGAUGGUCCUUUUUUUCUGGGGACCAAGUCAAGUGUAGAGGAAACAAAUGAAUUAUACGAUGCGGUAAUCAAUGCCUUCGACCAGGCGGCAUUACGUAUGACUUGA